AUGGUUGAGGAUAUGGUAGCUACGGCGCCGGAGACGCGCCCACCCGCCAUCCCUUCCAGCCACGCACAACACCCCCCCCCCCAGGCACCCCGCACGCCCCCGCAACCGCACCCAGCAUCCACAACAUUUCCUGUCCUGCGCAGAGGGGGAGUGGCUAGGCUCCCCGGCAACGCGUUACCCCAGAGAUCCCCUUCCCCCCCACGGCAGCCAGCCCCCGUCGACCCCCCGCCCGGCCUCGCGAGCCGUCAAACGCUGCGUUUGGUCCCUCCCAAUCCCGAGCCCGCGGGCCACCCAAUGACACACCACAACGCGAGAAUGACGUGCCACCAAGACACAAAACAGGCCGAGAACCGUCGCGUAGCCACCAGAUCCCAGACAUUGUCGCCAGCGCCCCGCCGCCCAAACCCCCCCGGACUAAUCUACCAACGGGACGACAUCACGCCUUGGGCCGUUGGAAUACCCCGCGAUCGGGCCUACCUCGCCCGAAUCGCCGUCCGCACCGAAAAACCCCGCAAGCAAUCCCUUCAAUCGGACCUGAACUCCCGGAGCAAAUGCCACGCCCUCACCUACGGCGCAACUGUCGACUUCUACGAGAUACUUAACUGUUCGAAGGCGAAGACCGUUUACGUUUUCUUGGAAAAUUUGUACCCAUCAGUAAGACUUCCCAACGGUCAAACUCCACAUUACAGCAAAAGUUACGCCAGCUCAUCUGGCGUUUGGAGCCAGGGAAAGAAAAUUUUCCCGGUCAACUUGAGCGCAAACAAUAACUCCGACACACCCCUCACCAAAGGCCAACUCUACAUAAUCAAAGGCGAAAUCCGCGGUAUUAACUUCAUGCGCGUCCCGAAGUUGACCUGGACAGUUGGCGACAAAAGACGUUCAAAUGUCGACAAACAUCCCUCCGAAUGGCAACGAGUCUGCGUUUCCGGCCUUGGUACAAUCAUUAAAGUUCGAGCCAAAGCUGCCUGGCCGGAAAGCAACAGCACCGUUAUUAGUCUCACCCUAGAUCACGGUGGGGUUUUCCGAGUCCGCUGUGUCUUAGGCUUAACCAACAAGGAGUUCCCUCGCGGAAUGAGUGUAUUUCCUGGAAGUAAGAUUCAUUACAAAGGUCUCCUCGACGGUUUUGGCAGAACAUCCCGACAGAUGAUUGUUGAGGUAACACACGCCACCAUCUCAUCCGAAGACAUCCUCUUCACCGACUCCGACAAAACCGCCAGCUCACUCAACAAUGACUUCUAG